AUGAAGCAUUUCAAACUUGGCGACUACAGUUUCCAGAUUAAAGCUUUCGAAGCAGAAAACAACACGUUGCAGUCUGAAUAUCGUUUCAAGAAGCCAAUUACAAUAACCUUGGUUUAUGAUGUCGAGCAAAUGUUGAAAAUAAACAAGAAAGUUGUUAGUAAUGAAGUGACAAAUGAAGAUGUUGAUCCUGUGCUUUUGCUUUGGGAUGUGAAGAAUCAAACAUGGUAUUUCAGAAUUUAAAACUUCAUAUUUUGAAAGAUGCUACGAUUCUUGAAAAUUUUGAAAUUUGCUUGAUCACGGUGGGAAUGAAACAUGCGACAUUUGGUUUGCUGGUCGAAUACUCUACCAACUGAUCCAUGAGCUACGAGAUCAAGUCAGCUUGAACAGAUGAUGGCUCCAAACAGAAUUCGCACCGUGGUCAAGCAAUUUUCAACUUGGCGGGCACGGAUCCUCCCAGCAAGUAGCAUCAUUUAAAAAGACUUACGACCAGAGUUCCGUCACCACAAUCAUUAUUUAGAUUUAAUUUCUUUAUAUGGGUAAUAAUUUGACGUCAAAUUAUUUUGGUCUUUCAUUCAGGUAAUAGUAGGUCGUUUGGCAUGUCGGUCACAUACUGUAACUAAUCCUAUAAUUAGCAUGUUGCUUUAAUUUGUUAACAAGGUGAUGUUGAAAACACUUGCUGAGUAUUCUUUGUCUUUUCCUACGGCAGGAUAAAGCCUGGUUAAAACGAAUUUAGUUUUACUAAGGGAUCAAAUUUACGUCGCCACGCCUUUUAUAAUUAUUUUGGCCAAUGAGAUUUCAUUUGAAAACCUUAAAUUCUAAAUGAAACAUUUAGGUUAAGUCUCCUGCAAGAACAAACUGUCCAUUUUCCAAUUUGAAACAUAACGUCAAAUAAACAGCCCAUCCCUAGUCUGUUUGGACGAUAUCCUACAGUAACCUCAGUGGCUGGACAUGAUAGAGACAAUUUGCCCUGGCUAUUAAAAGCUUUAGGAUUGUGUAACAUUAAAACUACCAGAGAAAAACGAAGAAUAUUGAAUAUUAUGUACAAAAAUGACAAGACUAAAUCGAAAUGAUGGUGUGAUUUGGUCUUUAGAAACAAGUGACAAAAUCCAAUUGGGAAAGGGAAAUUUCCCGAUUGGAUUUUGUCGCUUGCUUCUGAAGACUAAAUCACACUAUCAGUUCAAUUUAGUCAUGUCAUUUUGGUACAUAACAUUCUUUGUUUAUAUGCUGAUAAUUUAACGUUUCUCUAAUUUCUUUAUCAACAGGUUUCAAGCAGCGAAAACUUGUCCAGAACCGUGGACAUAUGUUGAUAAGAAAGCAAAAGUUUUCAAAGUAAAAGUGUGUCAUUUGACUCAGUUUGCCUUAUUUUGGACUUUCAAAGCUGAAAAUGGAAUAUUUGAGUUUGACAAAGGAGUUAAUGGUAUGAACGUAAUAAUCUCAUUUUGUCACGAUCGUCGGCAUUAGAAUGCCCUGAAGUUUUACGUAUCAUUUCCUCUAAAGUUUUUCCAUAGUUUUUUCUGUGCUUACUUAUAUGAUAGUAACCUAUGGUUCUGCCCGCAUUUCAAUAAAGCAUAGAUAAACAUAGGCGUACAGGGCGUGGUAAGGGGGGCAGGGUGGAGGCCAGUCCCCCCGUUAAAAAUGAAUUCGGGAAAAAUAUAAACGUUAUUCGGGCAAAGAACCCCAGGAAAAUGUUUUCAGUAAGUCGGGCACAACGGGGGAAAGUCGGACAAAUUUCUUUCUGCCCACCUGAUUUUUCCCCGCCCGUACGCCUAUAUGUAAAUAAACGUAACUCCUAAUAUUUAUGUUCCAAAUUGUUUCACGUAAUCAAAAAUAUAUCACGGCCAACCAAUAAUUCGAAAGGUCUCUGCUGUAUUCCCUGUAUCUUUUAAUGCACAUAUAGGCCGCAUGUAAAUUCCAAAAAUCCUCUACUUUGGGCCUUAAAUACGCUAAUUUCUAAUGUUGUAACCUAAGAUUUUGCAUUUUAUUUGCUCUUUUUAGAUACACUGCCCAGACCUCCUCCAAAUGCUCUUAUUGAAGAAGAUAACAAUGUGCUCUAUAACCGUGAGCGAUACGGAGGUGAAAUGGUAUUAAAUAUAGCCAGAUAUAAAGGUUCUACUGAUCCAAUAAUACUCACGUGGGCAGUCACUAUCGAGCCAAACGCUCCUCCGUCAUUCACCGUCUCCCCUAUGUUUGGAGAACUGGAAUUUAGCGAGGGACAGUGGAAUUCUUCAAUCCACCUGUGGUUUCCCGUCGUGCCUGAAACCAACCAGGAAAUUAGGAUUUUUGUUAAAUUGCUGAAUGUAUCUGGUGGUGCAAUGCUGGGGAAGUUUACCAGAGUAAAAAUUACCUUUACACCCACUGUUGGUCAGAGUGAAGUUAAAACCCCCCUAGAAAAUAAUAGCAGCAACAAGACUGAUCUUCUUUUGAAGAUUCUUUUGCCAUGCCUAAGUAGUAUAUCGUUAAUCAUUGGCAUAAUGGCUACAAUCUACUUGUGCAGAGGUUGGAAAAGGUAAGGAGAAUGGGGAAUGUCCAUUGGCAGCCAUACUGACUUUAACUGAUGACGUAUGUUUUGACCAUGCAUGCUCUGCUUGUCGUAAUUUUAGACGUUUUUGCUGUUACAAUGUACAUGUGGUUCUCGUUAUAUGAUGAAGUAAAAAUUUCAAUAAUAAUUUCAAAUAGCUUGCCUGCUAUAAAAAUACAUGUAUAAAUCUGUAAAAUAUGAUGUAUAAAUCUGUAAAAUAUGAUGUAUGUAUAAUAUAAUUUCAAAUAGCUUGCCUGCUAUAAAAAUACAUGUAUAAAUCUGUAAAAUAUGAUGUAUAAAUCUGUAAAAUAUGAUGUAUGUAUAAUAUAAUUUCAAAUAGCUUGCCUGCUAUAAAAAUACAUGUAUAAAUCUGUAAAAUAUGAUGUAUAAAUCUGUAAAAUAUGAUGUAUGUAUAAUAUAAUUUCAAAUAGCUUGCCUGCUAUAAAAAUACAUGAAUAAAUCUGUAAAAUAUAUAUAAAAACAAUAAAGCAAUGCUAUCACAGCAUGCGAAAAUUACCAUCAAUUAACUUGAAAAAUAACUAUUUUUCCUAUAGAAAACAACAGGACGGAAGAGAUUCGGUGGAUAUGGCUAAAUUUUCCUUUCGCUCUUCGUAAGUAUAUUUUUACUGCCGAAAAUAUAAUAUGUUGAGAAGAUGUGAAGUUUAUUAUACGUUUUCCAAGAUGUCGAUCUUUACACAAGUUUGCUACCUGCUAUUUUUUGUGAGGUUUUAGUAAGUUCAUUUUACGAAAUUGUGCUUUUUAUUAGAUUUUAAAGUUUAUGUAAUAUUUUUUUAAUACAUUUAUUACUUACAUUGUUAAAGUUCUUAUAAGCUUUCUAUCUGUGUAUUAUUAACGAAAAAGUCGUUGUUUGUAUAGCGGUAUUCAAACUCGCAUCUCCGUGUUCCUUAACCGCCGCCCUACCUACAGUUGACCGCCAUUAUAUCGAUUUAGCAAUCGAGUCAAUGGGAUUGGUAAUGAGUCUUAUCCAAUUUAAGUAUACAAAAUAUAUUUGUGAGGACACUUGCCUUGGAGAACGUGCUAUUUUAGAACCUUCUCACAGGUAGGAAAACUAGACUAAGUUUCAUGUUGAUUCUAUGUACCCUGCAUUGUCGGAAUAGAUAUGAAACUAAUUUUUCAUCGAUAAAUAAAAAAAACAAAUCCGGUCCAAGCGCAUAUUUUGGCCUUCAAAUUAAAACAAUUCACAACACCAAGUUGAUUGUCCAUAAUAAGGUUGACAACAUACGUGUAUGAAUAUAGCAACACUCUAAUUUGAUUUGAUUUGAUAAAUCUGCCACUAAGGUGAAUUUCAGCAGAACGAAACAGAGGGAAGCUAAUUUACAAUUCGUCUAAUUUGACAGCAAAAAAAUUAAUUAAGAUGAUGUUUUCUACUAUAAAGAUUCGUUACAUUUCUUCUCAGAAAGUCAAGAAUAUUGAACAAUACCAAGACCCGUAUAAUUUGGGGGAUAGUGGCACUGAAAAUAUUAAAAGAAAAUUAGAUAUUAAUUGUAUUUUAAUUAGAAAUCUUAUCUACACAAUUUCAACCGCAAAUUAUUAUUAGUUAUUGGGAAAGGAAAAAAAAUUUAACAAGGUUUCCAAGACUAAUUAUUGGCACUUCUUUAUUACUUUAGCAGAUAUCACGCUGUAAAUCAGGCAGAAACAUCAUUUAUAGACAAAGACCCACCUUAA